AUGACGCCAUCUCAAUCUAACCUUGUUAAUCCAAAUGUGUCUAUCAACCUUCCCUUCGAGUUAGCUUUCGGUCAGUCGCUUCCACUAUCUGUUGCCAGUACCUUAUCUUCUAGUACGUCAGUCACUACUGUGAACCCUGCCGGCUAUGCCUCACGAGCAGUUGAUUCGAUUGGUGUAGAAGCGGACUCUUACUGUCACGAAGAGGCUUGUCAAGAGGUUCGGCUUACUGAUCGACUUCAAAUUCGUUUAUCCAGCCUUCUCGCGACGGAUUGCACUACACAUCCUGGCUGGGACGAGGAACACGCCUUCUCCCUGCUUUCCAAACAACCACCUCGGUGUAGAGUCGUUUCUUUUGACUUUAAUCGAAAGGCAUGUUCUAGUCAGUUGUUUGUUUGCAUGUUGGUUGGCAUCCCCCCUGGUCAGGCAUGGUACUACUCGCCUCUCAUUAAGGCACACACACCAAAAAUGCGCAAGAACAUGGGGGGCCAACUGAUAUUGUGCUCCUCAGGUCGCUUUCCACAUCCUGAGGAUUUCGAUUGGGAUCUAUACAUCUAG